AUGAAUGUCUUGUGUAUAAUUAUUUUCAUUCAAAUGGAACACGCAAUCUCAUCAUUCUCCAAUCUAUCAAUGAAUUACUCUAUGAUUAAAAAUACAAGAAAUGUUCCACUGCCAAAUUUCGAUGAAUACCAACAAGACUAUCAAACACCAAUAUGCCCAGGUGCUCCAAUUAAGAAAUAUGUUCCUAUUGAAAGAAGAGGAACAGCAUCUUCUCAAAGUGUAAACUCUGGAUCGAAUAUCUCAGACAAUAAUAUUAUUUCUGAAACUUCAGGAUUAGUAUUGUUUCAAGAUAUUUCUUUUAUUGGUAAAAAUCCUUCCAACUACGUGCCACCACUUUAUACUGUUAUUCCAAUCAGAUUUAAAUUUACGCGUUAUUGCAGAGCAAUCGACAGUGAUUCCUUGGGAGAUAGAAUUAGCGAUUGUGAAGUUAAGCUAGAACAGGUUAAACCAGUGGAUGACUCUAAUCAGUUCAUCCAAGUUCCUGGGGAAGGCACCAGUAUCAUCAGCGAACAUGAGCAACUUGAUUCUUUCGAGCGUUUAGUAGUAUUAGGAUAG